AUGGCAGACCGACCCCACCAUCGAGGCGGGCACGGCGGCCCAAGGGGCGGACGCGGUGGACGUGGAGGCGGCCGUGGAGGUGGCGGUGCUGGUCAAGGCGGGCAGGGCCAGGACAAGGAGAGGCCGAAGAAGGAGAACAUUCUGGAUCUCAAGAAAUACAUGGACAAGCGGAUUACAGUCAAGUUUAACGGUGGUCGGGAAGCGACCGGGACGUUGAAGGGGUAUGAUGCGUUGAUGAACUUGGUCUUGGAUGAGGUUGAGGAGGUGUUGAGAGAUGACGAAGGCAACGAGGUGACGAGAGCUCUUGGGCUCGUAGUGGUACGCGGCACACUGCUAGUGGUACUCAGCCCCGUCGAUGGGAGCGAGGUGAUAGCGAAUCCAUUCCUUCAAGCGGAAGAGGAAUGA